UUGACGGACGGACCAACAGCUGUCAGGAAUCAAAACUGCUCCGCUCGUCUGUUUUCGGCCGCAGCGCCGCGCCGUUUCCAGUCCGAUUUCUCGUCUUUUUCGCUGGUUUCAGGACGCGAAUCGAAUCGGCAUGCCCUCACCACAGAAGCACACAAGCUAACCUGCGACUGCCGUUUCCUGCGAGGGGGAUAUUUGUGGCGGAAAAAUGGAGAAAUUCGAGGGCUACAUCUUCACCGCCCUGUGCAGCACCAACUUUUUGAUAUCGUGCCUCCUCUUCUCCAGAAUCACCCGGGAGCAGAGGGAGCCCUACAUGGACGAGCUCUUCCACAUCCCGCAGGCUCAGAAAUACUGCCAGGGCAAAUUCAACGAGUGGGACCCCAUGAUCACCACCCUCCCCGGCCUGUACCUGGCCUCUGUCGGGGUCAUCAAGCCCGUGGUGUGGCUGGCCGACCUGACAGGCAAGGUGGUGUGCUCCACGGCCAUGCUGCGCUUCGUCAACCUGCUCUUCAACUGCGGCAACCUCUACCUGCUCUAUCUCAUCGUCUGCAAGCUGCACCUCAGGGAGAAGACGCGGACCGCUUCACGCCGAGUCCUGUCAGCCCUGUCCCUCUCCACCUUCCCUGUGCUCUACUUCUUCAACUUCCUCUACUACACCGACGCCGGCUCUACUUUCUUCAUCCUCUUCACCUACCUCAUGAUGCUCUACGGCAGCCACAAGGCCUCGGCACUCCUCGGUGUCUGCUCCGUGCUCUUUCGCCAGACCAACAUCAUCUGGGUGGCCUUCUGCGCCGGCACCUUGGUGGCCAGCAAGAUGGACGAGGCCUGGAGGACGGAGCACGCCAAAAAGAGGGACGACAAGUCGCUGUCUCUCCAGGUGCCGCUGUCGGUCAGCGGGGUGAAGAGAGUGAUGCUUUUCACGCUGGAGUUCUGCACCUCGCUCAGUCACGUGAAGGCGGUGCUGGCGGUGGCGUGGCCCUACGCGGUGGUCGGCGUGGGGUUUGUGGUGUUUGUGGUGCUGAAUGAUGGGAUCGUGGUCGGGGACAGGACGAGCCACGAGGCCUGCCUCAACUUCCCGCAGCUCUUCUAUUUCUUCUCCUUCACCCUUUUCUUCUCGCUCCCCACCUCACUCUGCUACUACCGCGUCCUUCGCUUCCUGCAGGCUCUGAAGAGGCAGCCCAUCUUCUUUCUCCUCGUCACGCUCCUGUCCUUGCUCCUGGUGUGGAAGUUCACCUACGUGCACAAAUACCUCCUGGCCGACAACCGCCACUUCCCCUUCUACGUGUGGAAGCGGCUGUUCCAGAGGCACGAGCUGGUGCGCUUCCUCCUCAUUCCCAUCUACGUGUUCGCCGGCUGGAAUUUCUUGGACUCGCUCAAGUCGCGCUCGCUCUUCUGGAGCCUGGCGUUCCUGGUGUGCCUCCUGGCCGCCACCGUGCCCCAGAAGCUCCUGGAGUUCAGGUACUUCAUCGUCCCCUACCUGAUUUACCGCCUCCACAUGCCGCUCCCCUCCCUUCCCAGACUCCUCAUGGAGUUCGCACUGUACACGGCAGUCAAUGCGGCCACGCUGUACAUCUUCAUCAGCAAGACCUUCCACUGGCCGAACAGCACAGCCACUCAGAGGUUCAUGUGGUGAACAAAAAGAGCGAGGGAUGGACUGAUGCUUGUAUCCGAUAUCAGGGAGACACCAGACCAGAAUUCUACAUAUUGAAACAUCUAAUGAAUCAACGCAAAGAAACUUGACUUUCUGCCUUUGUCAUAGAUAGGAGGAUGUCAGAUCUCGCCAGAUGAGUAUAACGGAUUAAAGCUCCAUCAUUUUUGUACAGUGCAAAAGUUAUGGUCGGUCUUUGUGGUUCAGUAAAAGUAAUGGGAUUGCGACAUUUUAGUGCUGAGAAUCAGUAUCGCUAAUGUCAAAGCAGUCCAUUCCUAAACGGGACAAGACAUCAGAGAACAGCAGGAGCCCCGUACGUCCACAUGAGACUCAAAUGGACUGAAAUUCCCUGCUGCAGAAACGAUGAUGAGACGUAAAGGUUUUGACAUCUGAGCUGUCGUAGCCUGUCUGCUUUCCAGUCACAGCAAUAUGUGCACCAGGGCUGGAGUCAGCUCACUUUGAAUUUUGUCAUUUCAGAAUAUUAAAGCUACAAUAAUCAAAAUCAGUUGAUUGAAGACCGUUUAGACUCAGCUGUCAAAAAAGGCCAAGAAACCCAAUUUGGUUCAGUCUUUGUCAGACAUCUGAUAAAUUAGCACUUAUUCCACGUUUUGGAGAGCUGAGUCUCAAUAGUCCUCUUUUUUUGCAAUUUCAUUUAAUGCAACUUGAAGUAAAAUGCCAUAACUGUAACAAAGUGUCACUCUCAACCAAUUAUUUAAUUCAAAAUAUGAUUUUUGAACUUUUUGUUUGUUUUUGGACUUUGACCAGAUUCCACUUCCUCGACUGGUUACAUUAAAAGCGACUCGAUUUCAACCUCGAUGCGUACAGUACAUAAUACACUGUAUAAUGAUUGAAUUGAUACUUGUCUGAAUUGUAAUAAAUCUCUUUUGAUGAGAGUUUCUAUAAAAGUUGUUUAUAUACUUUCUGUAUGUAAAAUAUCUGCAUAUUUCUUUUGUAAAAGAAUGAUGUUGGCCUUUGUUACUGCUACACACAGAUUGAAAAAUAAUCUCAUGUCGGCUGAGGAUGUCUGGGUAUCGACAAGGUGAUGAAUGAGCUGAUAUGUCUUCUUUUUUUUCUGUAAAUGUAAUUUUUUUGAGUCCUCUGCAGAAUUGACUGUUGACAUUUGAGCUGUAAAUGUGAUUAAAGAGACCAAAUACAUGAAUAAAUAAAAUAAAAAAAGACCUAGCCAUAUUGUAAAGCAGGGAUCUUGAGAAUUUCUACUGUAUUGGAUGUUUUUGUAAUGAAUGAGGUUUUUUUUUGUUUUUUGUUUUUUGUUUUUUUUUGCCAAUGAAGAACACUGACAGCCAUGUUUUGGGUUUUUUUGUCCCUUUGGUUGAGGCUGCGGUGAUAUUUUGAAAAUGGAACUGAUGAAUAUGAAUGUUUUAAAGACUAAUUAUGUUUAUUUAUGGUGAAGUGAAUCCACAUUCAAUCCACAAAUAACUGUACAAUUAUUAUUGAUAUAUAUUUUUUUCCUGCUUUCAUUAUAGUGACUUCAGAACACAUUUUUUGUCUUUUUUUUUUUUUUUUAACUGUAACACUUAAUACAAUGUCAUCUUGAUCCAACCAUAUCGAUCCAUUGGACAGCGAAAAACAUCUGCAUUUACUUCUCUUUUAUCUUUCAAUUUUCUCACUUUUCUUUUCAGUGUGGUCUUCAGUUUUGAUUGUUUUUUUUUUUUUUUUAUUUUCACUGAACUUUUUUGUUUGUUAGUUCAUUGUUUGUUGUUAGUUGUUUGUUCAUCUUGCCUUCAGUGUUUUUCCAGCCUUGUGAUGUCUUGUGUGUGUGUGUGUGUGUGUUUGAUUGCUUCCAGAGUCCUUAAAUUUAAUUAUCCUCACGAUUGCCCUUAAACUUAUGUGACAUAAUUUGCCAUUUAUCCUUGGAUCUAAAUGAUCCAACGGCUCCCAGUAGGGCUUAUGACCAAAAAUCUGAUUUACCCUUGCAGGUUAGAGUUAGAAAAUGGCCUGAAAUUCCUAUUUUUACUCAAAUUUGGACUCACAAAAUGCUUUUACCCUUCAGCUCGAUUCCAGUUUGUUGUGAAAGAUUUACACGUCAAGGGAGGACAGGGUGAAAAGUCUUAAUGCGACUGUUAGGCUCCCUAUUCAGAUUACUUAUCGUUUCGUUCUCUUUGUUUUUGGUUAUAAGAUUAUUCUGUGUUCAUCAGUGUCAGAAUGUCCAUUUGACUGUCUGAGUCUGCUACCGCGUCUGCUUGGACUCAUCGGUCUUGUUACCUCUUGUGUUCAUACUGUCCGUCCGGCUGUGUGUUGCUCCCAUGAUCACACGGCCCUGUCGAAACAUGCAAUAAAAAUAUUCCUGAUUGUC